AUGGCAAAGGCCACCUCGUGCAAGGAGGCGCUGGCACGGUGGCUGGCGGGCCCUGGGGGUGGUGUGGCGGCGGGAGAGGCGGAGAGGGUGGAGCUGACGGGCCUGUGCCCGCCCAUUGACAAGAUGGACUCGAGCCUGGCGGCGCUGCACGCCUGCCGCCACCUCGCGCUCUCCACCAACAACCUGGACAAGAUUGGCAAUCUGACUGGCCUGGAACGCCUGGAGGUGCUGUCGCUGGGCCGCAACUGCUUGAAGAAGCUGGAGAACCUGGAGGCGGUGGCGGGCACGCUGCAGCAACUCUGGCUCAGCUACAACCAGAUUGACCGCCUGGCGGGUAUCGAGAAGUGCAGCCAGCUGCGCGUGCUAUACGCCAGCAACAACCGCAUCAAGGACUGGGCAGAGAUAGACCGUCUGUCAGCACUGCCGGAGCUGGAGGACCUGCUGCUGGUGGGCAACCCGCUGUACAACGAGUGGAAGGAGAACGGCGCGCUGCCGCAGUACAGGAUUGAGGUGCUGAAGCGGGUGCCCACGCUGAAGAAGCUGGAUGGGCAGCCGGUGGAUGUUGAGGAGCGGGAGGCGGGCAAGAAGUAG